GCAUGAACUCCCAUUACUCAGAUGAGAUCUGAACAGACACGAGGAUUGUUGUGAAAAAAUGCAACUUAAAAGAUUCAAGAGUUCUAGGUUGAUCCGCGGAAGCUGACGUGAUAACAAAGACCAUUCUAAGGCAUCAUUGUGACCUCCGGCCAAUCCAAGAAAAUCUCCAUCAACGUCGGACUAUCCGAAUCCCCAAAUUUCGGCUAUGAAUUUGUCAUCGGCUAUGCAAUCGACGGUUCUUCAACCUAAAUUUCACUCUCGCGGACGCUAAUCCGGGUAGACGAAACCCUAAAUUCAUGACAUGCACUGCGAAAGUGUGCAGCAUGCGAACCGGAAAAAUUUAGGCAGGAUCAACACGCGAAUUAUAGAUUGAGAAAUGGGUGCUUCACCAGCUAAGUUCCUGUUCGGAUUCCUCUUUGUCUCCAUCGUACUAUGGAUUUCAUUCAUGUUUGCUUCCCGGUUGGUGGCCUGGAUCCUCAGUCGAGUUAUGGGAGCAUCAAUUGGAUUCAGAGUUGGUGGAUGGAAAUGCUUGAGGGACAUAUAUCUGAAAUUCAACAAGGGUCCUAUUGAGUCCAUAUCUGUUGGUGAAGUCAGAUUAAGUUUACGGCAGUCCUUGAUUAAGAUUGGGGUUGGCUUCAUGUCUAGGGACCCAAAACUACAGGUGGUAAUAUGCGAUUUGGAAGUUAUAAUGAGAUCUUCAACAAAAACUACUAAGAAAACCAGAUCUAAAAAAUCUCGCAGCCCUGGUAGAGGAAAGUGGAUGGUCUUGGCUAACAUGGCUAGGUUUUUGUCAGUUUCUGUGACUGACUUCUCAUUGAAGAAUCCAAAAGCUACUUUGGAUAUUAAAGAACUGAGGGUAGACAUAUCUAAAGAUGGUGGUUCUGAGGCGGAGUUGUUUGUGAAGUUGCAGCUAUUUCCUAUCAACGUUCACCUUGGAGAACCGCACUUGACCUCUGGUGGAUCUUCCUCUGGUUGUCAGUUGAUAGAUGGGGUUUGUCCUCCUUUCAGCUGUGAAGAAUUCUCACUCUUGUGUGAGAUCGGUCAUAAUAGGGAAACAGGUGUAGUUGUCAGGGAUUUGGAUAUUACAUGUGGACAAGUUUCUGUUAAUUUAAAUGAGGAACUUCUGCUUAAGAAAAAGGAUCUGCCUGACAAAUCUUCUCAGCCUGCCUCAGGAGUUGUACAGGCGGUGGACAAAGAAUCCGUCUCUGCUAAAAGCCCGCGGGGGGAAAGAGCAUUGUCUGCUGUAUCUAUGUUACCGGAAAAGGCCGCCUUCACUCUACCUAAACUUGAUGUAAAGUUUGUGCAUCGGAGUUAUGGACUUACUAUCGACAAUAAUAUUAUGGGGAUCCAACUGAAAUGCAUGAAAUCUUGUUCUAUAGAAGAUGUGGGGGAAAGCGUAAAACUUGAUGUCCAGAUGGAAUUUAGUGAGAUUCAUCUCCUUAGAGAAACGGGCAUCCCUGUCGUGGAAAUAUUGAAACUUGAUGUUGUGUCGUCCAUUUACAUACCACUACAGCCUAGCUUCCCUAUCAGAUCCGAAGUUGAUGUUAAGCUUGGAGGUACACAGUGCAACUUACUAUUGAACAGGUUAGAAUCAUGGGCUUGCCUUCGCCAUCCGCAGAAGCCAAAACAAGGAAUUUCAGAAGAUAGCCAUUCCAAAGAACAAUCACAUUUAACUGAACAGAAACCAAUCAUGUGGACAUGCACUGUUUCUGCCCCAGAGAUGACUGUUGUGCUUUUUAGCUUGACUGGGUCACCACUAUACCAUGGUUGUUCACAAUCAUCACACAUUUUUGCCAACAACAUAUCUGGUACGGGCACAACACUGCAUUUGGAACUUGGUGAACUAAACUUACACAUGUCUGAUGAAUAUCAAGAAUGCCUGAAAGAGAGCUUGUUUGGUGUGGAAACAAAUACUGGGUCAUUAAUGCACAUUGCUAAGAUCAGCCUGGACUUGGGUAAAAAAGAUAUGGAUCCACCCGAAGAUGGUUUGAAGUCUAAGAUGGUUCUUGGUGCUGAUGUAACUGGUAUGGGUGUGUACUUGACCUACAGGCGUCUUGAAUCACUGGUAUCAACUGCUCUAUCCGUCAAGGCCUUAGGGAAAAAAUUAUCUGCUUCGAACAAGAAACCAGCACAAAGCAAAGGAAUGCGGUCGUCCAGACCAUCAGGCAAGGGGAUUCAACAUGUGAAACUCAAUCUUGAAAGGUGUUCUGUCAAUGUCUGCGGAGAUGUGGGCUUGGAGGACAUAGUUGUUCCGGAUCCCAAACGUGUUAAUUAUGGAUCUCAAGGUGGUAGAGUUUUAAUUGCUAACUCAGCAGAUGGGACCUCACGCACUGCUCACAUUACGUCCACAUUCUCAAAUGAAGCCAAAAAGAUGAAAUAUACUGUAUCUCUUGACAUUUACCACUUCAAUCUUUGCAUGAACAAGGAGAGAAAAUCUAUGCAGUUUGAGCUUGAAAGAGCUAGAUCUAUUUAUCAGGAGUUCCCUGAAGACGGUAAUCCCGGAGCAAAAGUUGAUCUACUGGACAUGCAGAACGCAAAGCUUAUUAGACGAUCUGGAGGUCCAAAGGAAAUAGAGGUCUGCUGUCUCUUCAGUGCAACAGAUAUAUCGCUAAGAUGGGAGCCUGAUGUGCAUAUUGCUCUAUUUGAACUAGGGUUGCACUUGAAUUCGCUAACUCAUAAUCACAAGCCCCAGGGACAAAAUGAUGGCGUGAAAAUUGAAGAUAGGGAGGCUACAAAAGAGACCUCUUUGGAAUCAGUCAAGAUUGAAAAACCAGUGAAGAAAAGACAAUCCAUAUUUGCUGUUGAUGUGGAGAUGCUUACUAUAUCUGCUGAGGUUGGAGAUGGUGUUGAAACCUUAAUCCAGGUCCAAUCCAUCUUUUCUGAGAAUGCCCGAAUUGGCGUGCUUGUUGAGGGGCUUAUGCUUCAAUUUAAUAAAACUAGAAUUUUUCGAAGCAGCAGGAUGCAAAUAUCUCGAGUACCUAAUGUCUCUGGAAGUUUAUCUGAUGUAAAAUCUGAAAACGUGACUACCUGGGAUUGGGUAAUUCAAGCUAUUGACGUUCAUAUAUGCAUGCCAUUUAGGUUGGAGUUGCGCGCCAUUGAUGACGCUGUGGAAGAAAUGCUGCGAGUGUUGAAGCUCGUGACUUCUGCUAAGACUAAACGUAUAUCUUCUCCGAAAAAAGAGCCAUCAAAACCCCCCAAAAAAUCUAGUUCAACAAGAACUGGAUGCAUAAAGUUUGGCAUACGUAAACUAACUGCUGAUAUCGAGGAAGAACCAAUUCAGGGUUGGCUGGAUGAGCAUUACAAACUUUUGAAGAACGAGGCUCGUGAGUUGGCUGUUAGGUUAGAUUUUCUUGAAGAACUUAUUUCUAGGAGCAGCCAAGGUCAUAGUGUUGGUGAAUCAAAUGAUUCGCUGGACGGAAAAAUUCAGUAUAAUGGAGAGGAGAUUAAUUUUGAAGAUGUUUCUGCUAUUCAGAAAUUGCGCGAGGAAAUAUACAAGAAGUCAUUUGGAUCAUAUUACAAGGCAUGCCAGGGUCUUGUUCCAUCAGAAGGAUCAGGGGCCUGUAAAGAUGGCUUUCAAGCUGGUUUCAAGCCUAGCACAGCUAGAACUUCACUUUUGUCAAUUUGUGCUACUGAGUUAGAUCUAAUGUUGACAAAAAUUGAGGGUGGUGAUGCUGGGAUGAUUGAAGUUUUGCAAAAGCUUGAUCCAGUAUCACGUGCCCAUAAUAUUCCUUUUUCAAAACUUUAUGGAGCAAACAUAAAUCUGCGUACAGGAUCCCUGGCUGCUAAGAUAAGAAACUACACUUGUCCACUACUUGCUACAACUGGUGGUCGAUGUGAAGGCCGCGUUAUACUUGCUCAACAGGCAACUCCAUUCCAACCACAAAUUCGCCAAGAUGUCUACCUUGGAAGAUGGAGAAAAGUUAACAUCCUUCGCUCUGCUAGUGGAACAACUCCACCAGUAAAAACAUAUUUGGAUUUGCCCAUACAUUUCCAGAAAGGGGAAGUUUCUUUUGGUGUUGGUUGGGAACCAUCCUUGGCAGAUAUCAGCUAUGCCUUCACUGUGGCUCUACGUAGAGCCAAUUUAAGCAUUAGAAAUCCAAAUCCAGUAGUUCAGCCCCCUAAGAAAGAGAAAAGCUUACCCUGGUGGGAUGAAAUGAGGAACUACAUUCACGGGAAUGCUGCUUUACAUUUCUCUGAGACAAUAUGGAAUAUUCUUGCAACCACUGAUCCCUAUGAAACCUUGGACAAACUUCAAGUCGUUACGGGUUACAUGGAAAUCCAGCAAUCAGAUGGUCGCGUUUAUGCUUCUGCUAAGGAUUUCAAGAUUUUCCUGAGUAGUUUAGAAAGCUUACUUAAAAACAGCACUCUGAAACAUUCUUCUGGACUUUCAGUUCCUUUCCUUGAAGCUCCAAUUUUCACACUUGAAGUAACAAUGGAUUGGGAUUGUGAAUCUGGGCAUCCACUUAAUCAUUAUUUAUUUGCACUUCCCUGUGAGGGUGUACCUCGUGAGAAAGUUUUUGAUCCUUUUAGAUCUACUUCUCUCUCCCUGCGAUGGAAUUUCUCCCUUAGGCCUUCACUUUCUUCUGAUAAUGACCAGUCACAAUCCUCUUCUAUUAAUAAUCAUGUUGUUCCCGAUAGAGUUUCUCCUGAUCAUUUGAAACCGGAGACUGCACUGAAUGAUUCAACAAUGGUGAAUCUUGGUCAUCAUGAUUUGGCAUGGAUACUCAAAUUCUGGAACUUAAAUUUUCUUCCUCCUCAUAAGUUGCGAAUGUUCUCCAGGUGGCCCCGCUUUGGGGUUCCUAGGAUUCCCAGAUCUGGAAAUCUGUCACUAGAUAGAGUGAUGACAGAGUUUAUGUUCAGGAUUGAUGCAACUCCGACAUGUAUCAGGCACAUGCCUUUACAUGACGAUGACCCUGCAAAGGGACUGACAUUUAAAAUGACGAAGGUCAAAUAUGAACUUUAUAAUAGCCGGGGUAAGCAAAAAUAUACCUUUGACUGCAAACGGGAGCCUCUCGACCUUGUGUACCAAGGUCUUGAUCUUCACAUGCCUAAAGCAUACAUUAAUAAGGAUGAUUGUGCUACUGUUGCAAGAAUACUUCAAAUGACCAGGAAGAAAUCACAGUCUGCAUCAAUGGAAAGGGCUAUGAGUGGUAAAAACAGCUCCUCGAGAAACAGUAUAGAAAAGCAUCAAGAUGACGGGUUUUUGUUAUCAUCUGACUACUUCACAAUCCGCAAGCAAGCCCCAAAAGCCGAUCCUGAAAGGUUAUUGGCAUGGCAAGAAGCUGGUAGAAGGAAUCUCGAAAUGACUUAUGUCAGAUCUGAGUUUGAAAAUGGGAGUGAAAGUGAUGACCAUACAAGAUCUGACCCCAGUGAUGAUGAUGGAUAUAAUGUAGUUAUUGCUGAUAAUUGUCAGCGGAUAUUUGUUUAUGGUCUCAAGCUUCUAUGGACUCUUGAAAAUAGAGAUGCUGUUUGGUCUUGGGUUGGUGGGCUAUCCAAGGCAUUUGCACCUCCAAAGCCUUCCCCUUCUCGCCAAUAUGCCCAAAGAAAACUGCAUGAGGAGAACAAUGCUGUUGAUAAACCUGAUAUCCACAAAAGUAAUGAUAAUCAAAUAUCUUCAUCUGUCACUGCUGGUGCAAGUUCUUCGCAGAUCAUGGACAUCUCAAAAUCUCCUUCUUCUCCCUCUCAGUCAGAGACAAUGGAGAAUUCUAUUACUAGUGCAAUUGGUAAGCUUAAAAGCAUUCCAGAUGCUUCUUUACAUUUUCACAUAAUCACGUGCAAUGGCUUCAUAUCUAUCCAUCACCUCUUCUUCCUUAUGCAAUGUGCAUUCUUGUGCCCUUAUGCAGCGAAAUAUGGGAACAUUGAUGACUCUGAGGAGGAGGGCACACGCCAUUUCAUGGUGAACGUUAUUGAGCCACAGUUCAAUCUUCAUUCGGAGGAGUCUAAUGGUAGGUUCUUGCUCGCUGCUGUGAGCGGUCGUGUUUUAGCGCGGUCAUUUCAUUCAGUUCUUCAUGUCGGCUAUGAGGUGAUUGAACAAGCACUUGGUGGAGAGAAGAUCCAAAUACCUGAAACUCAGCCUGAAAUGACAUGGAACCGCAUGGAGUUCUCUGUUAUGUUGGAGCAUGUCCAAGCUCAUGUAGCUCCAACAGAUGUGGAUCCAGGGGCUGGAUUGCAGUGGCUUCCUAAGAUUCGUCGGAGCUCACCAAAAGUUAAGCGUACUGGAGCUUUAUUGGAAAGGGUUUUUAUGCCGUGUGACAUGUACUUCAGAUACACAAGGCAUAAAGGAGGAACUUCCGAUUUAAAGGUGAAGCCCUUGAAAGAGCUUAUUUUCAAUUCUCAUAAUAUUACUGCGGCAAUGACAUCCAGACAAUUUCAAGUGAUGCUUGAUGUGUUGACCAACCUUCUCUUUGCCAGACUUCCCAAGCCACGCAAGAGUAGCCUAUCAUAUUCAGCCGAAGAUGACGAAGACGUUGAAGAGGAGGCGGAUGAAGUUGUUCCCGAUGGCGUUGAGGAAGUAGAAUUGGCAAAAGUUGAGCUUGAACAGAAAGAGAGGGUCCAAAGAUUGAUUUUUGAUGAUAUCAGGAAACUUUCUCUGCAAGGUGAUACAUUUGGGGAUCCACAAGCGGAAAUGGAAGUGGAUCUUUGGAUGGUGACUAAUGGAAGGUUUACUCUGGUUCAAAAAUUGAAAAGGGAACUCAUAAAUGCGCAAAAGGCUAGAAAGGCUGCAUCCGCUUCUUUGAGGUUAGCUUUGCAGAAAGCUGCACAGCUACGAUUAAUGGAAAAGGAGAAAAAUAAAAGCCCCUCCUAUGCAAUGCGGAUUUCCUUGCAAAUCAACAAAGUUGUGUGGGGAAUGCUCGUUGAUGGAAAGUCUUUCGCUGAAGCAGAGAUAAAUGACAUGAUUUAUGACUUUGACAGAGACUAUAAGGAUGUAGGUGUAGCUAAGUUCACUACCAAGUACUUUGUUGUGAGAAAUUGUCUUCCGAAUGCUAAGUCUGACAUGCUCUUAUCUGCAUGGAAUCCUCCUUCUGAAUGGGGAAAAAAAGUGAUGCUCCGUGUAGAUGCAAAACAGGGAUUCUCGAAGGAUGGAAAUUCUCCUCUUGAAUUAUUCCAGGUGGAAAUCUACCCUUUAAAAAUACAUUUGACUGAGAGCUUGUACCGAGUGAUGUGGCAGUAUCUCUUUCCAGAAGAAGAACAAGACUCCCAAAGGCGACAGCAAGUGUGGAAAGGCUCGACUACAGCAGGUUUAAGGCGUGCGAAGAAAGCAACAUCAGUUAGCGAUGCUUCCACAUCUGCCAAUCAUACUACAAAAGAUGCUGAAACAUCAAAAUCAAGUACCUUUAAUUUUGCAGCUUCAUCUGCAACUAACCAAUCUGGCAUUACUGCUGAUUCUUCCCAAGCAUCAAAAUUGCAAAAUUCAAAAGCAACAAAACCGGAGCUCAGGAGAACAUCUUCCUUUGACAGAACAUGGGAAGAGAAUGUGGCAGAAUCUGUGGCUAAUGAACUUGUACUGCAACUGCACUCUUCAUCAAAACAUGGUUCUGCUCUUACCCUUGAACAGCAAGAUGAGGCCACUAAGACUAAAUUAAAGGACAUAAAACUAAAACCCGGCCGUUCGUCGCACGAGGAGAAGAAAUCGGGAAAAAUGCCAGACGAGAAAAGAUCUCAACCUCGAAAGUUGAGGGAGUUUCACAAUAUCAAGAUCAGUCAGGUUGAGCUGCUGGUUACUGAUGGGGGCUCGGCUGAGAGGGGAGAUCAGCAGAUCCCAAUCGCGUGGCCAAAGCGGCCUGCGGAUGGAGCUGGGGAUGGCUUCGUGACUUCCAUAAGGGGACUCUUCAAUUCCCAGCGCCGCAAGGCAAAGGCCUUUGUCCUGCGCACAAUGAGGGGAGAGGCCGAAAACGAACUGCACGGCGGAGACUGGAGCGAGAGCGAUGCUGAGUUCUCGCCGUUUGCGAGGCAGCUCACCAUAACCAAGGCCAAGAGGCUCAUCAGGCGCCACACCAAGAAGUUCCGCUCCAGGGGACAUAAAGGUUUAUCUUUGCAGCAUAAAGAGUCAUUCUCCGGAUCUCCCAGAGAGGGCUCACCCUUUGAAGGAACACCCUUUGAAGGCACACCAUUUGAAGAAAGUGAUUCUUCUAGUGGAUCCUCACUUUAUGAGGAUUCCCAAAUAGAGUCCAGAGAUAUUUUGAGUCAGUCGUAAACUUUGACGUAAGUACAGAGGAGAUUGCAGCACACAAAUUUAUUGAUUGCUGCUUAUACAAGAAUCAGCAGUUGUGAAGGUUUCCUUAUCUCUGCUCCACCAAAAAGAAAAAUGUAUAUUAUUAUUCCAAUCAGGAGAUGAAAUGCGCUGAAGUUCUUUGUUGGAACUAAAUGGCGGUAUUUAAUCCAGUUUCUUAAGAAAGUUUAACCGUGUGAAGUUGACCAUUCCUAAUUCCAUGAAAAAGGAAUUGUGUUUGCUUUGAGGUGGAAAACAAAUUUUACCUAUCUUUCUACGUAUUUACAGGCUAAAAUAGCCAAUAAUUUUGUAGCAUAGCAAGAUGUUGAGAUAGUCCAGAAGUUGUAUUUACAUAUACGUUUAUGUCAAUGGCAUGCAUUCUAUGGCAAAGGCUGGGUGAAUGUUAACCAUGCUUUGACAUAAAAGCGUGUUGCAAUUCAUUUGCCACAAUUGUUAAUACGACUAUUGUUCAGCUUCACCAUAACGUUUUCAUACUUUUGAAAUAGCUUAUGUAAGCGGGUACACUAAAUAAUGGGUUUGUUCAAGCUGACCUAAGUGAUGGGCUCAACCAAGCUUUUUAAAUCAUUUGGUUAUGUUUAGCUUUCUCUGUUUCCAGCUUGAAACAGAUUGAAAAUCUACAACAUAAAAA